AUGAAAACAAAAACUUUAGUGUUUGAAUUAAUAUUUGGUGCAUUGAUGUCUACCUAUAUUCUCACGAAGAGUUCAGAGAUUUUCUAUCUUAUAGAACCUACCGAUAUAUCUGAUAAAAAAGAGCAAAAUAAGGAAUUUUCAGAAUUAUUUCCCACAGAUUUUGAUAGAAUUCCUAGAGCAGAAAUGAUGUAUUCUGAAGAUGCUGCAAAACCUUCAUCAGAUUUCUUACCAGUUCUUUUUACAAGCUCUCUUGCAAAAAAUGAUAUAUUAGAUAUUGGUGGAAGCAAUCGUGAAUUAAUCCCAGAUAGUUUUGAAAAUAUUUUUAUAUUUAUGGAAGAAAAUAUGAAUUUACCUGUAUUUCCUAGUAAAGAGUACAAACCAAUAAUUAAUACAAUAAUAAAUAGUACUGAAAAAACUAAGGAUUUAGAAUUUGGAGUUAAAUCAGAUAUGAGGAUUUCACAAAACUCUUCAAAACCCUUAUUACUAUUUUCAAGGGAGCCAUCUUCUACAUAUCCAGAAAAUGCAUAUCUUCCAACAAGUAUGGAUGAGGUAAAUUUGGAAGAUAAGCAUACGCCAUUAAUCACAAACUCAUAUAAUAAAUUUAAAUAUAUCCCUUAUGGAAAUAAAAAAGAAAAAUUAAGAAGAGGAAGGAGAUUGGGACUUCAAAUCCCAACUGGAAAACCAGGACCAAGCCCUUUUGAGCCUCAAUCAGCUAAGGAGAUAAUAACAGAGUCUAAUAUGGAUACAACUUCUCUUAAUCUAAAGAACGCGACAAUAAUUAAUUCUGGAUUUGAUAUUGUUUCAAUAACAAACGAUUUCCUGAAUGAAGAGGUUGGAGUAUCCUCUAAAUCUCACAUUAGAACUUCGUUAACUUUUAUUAAAGAGCAAACCAAUUCUAGUGCUACAAAUAGCUAA